AUGGCGGCGUCGGGCGUGGGGCAGCAGUGGGUGUUGGUGGAGAUGGUGCAGGCCUUCUACGAGGCUCCUGCUUACCAUCUCAUUUUGGAAGGAAUUCUAAUUCUAUGGAUAAUCAGACUUCUUUUCUCCAAGACAUACAAGCUUCAAGAGCGAUCUGAUCUAACACCUAAGGAAAAAGAAGAGUUGAUUGAAGAAUGGCAGCCAGAGCCUCUUGUACCUCCUGUACCAAAAGAUCACCCAGCUCUCAACUACAACAUUGUUUCAGGUCCUCCCACCCAUAUAAUCACUGUUAAUGGCAAGGAAUGUAUAAACUUUGCAUCGUUUAACUUUCUUGGACUUUUGGAUAAUGAAAAGGUUAAGAGUGCAGCCCAGGCAUCUUUGAAGAAAUAUGGUGUUGGCACUUGUGGACCUAGAGGGUUCUAUGGUACUUUUGAUGUGCACUUAGAGUUAGAAGAACGAUUAGCAAAAUUCAUGAGGACAGAGGAAGCUAUUAUAUACUCAUAUGGAUUUGCAACAAUUGCCAGUGCUAUUCCUGCAUAUUCAAAAAGAGGGGACAUUGUGUUUGUAGAUGAAGCUGCCUGCUUUGCUAUUCAGAAGGGAUUACAAGCAUCUCGUAGUAACAUCAAGUUAUUUAAGCAUAAUGAUAUGGCUGACCUUGAACGACUGUUGAAAGAACAAGAGACUGAGGAUCAAAAGAAUCCUCGCAAGGCCCGUGUAACUCGAAGGUUUAUUGUAGUGGAAGGAUUGUAUAUGAACACAGGAGAUGUUUGCCCUCUUCCAGAAUUGAUAAAAUUGAAGUAUAAAUACAAAGUUAGAAUCUUUCUGGAGGAGAGCCUUUCCUUUGGCGUCCUUGGAGAACAUGGAAGAGGAAUUACCGAACACUUUGGAAUAAAUAUUGAUGAUAUAGAUCUUAUUAGUGCAAAUAUGGAAAAUUCUCUGGCUUCUAUUGGAGGAUUUUGCUGUGGAAGAUCUUUUAUUAUUGACCAUCAGCGAUUGUCUGGUCAAGGCUACUGCUUUUCUGCAUCCCUACCUCCUUUGUUAGCUGCUGCUGCUAUUGAGGCUCUGAAUAUUAUGGAAGAUAAUCCAGACAUUUUUCAGACUCUCCGGGCUAAAUGUGAACGAAUUCACAAAGCUUUAGAGGGGAUUUCUGGCUUAAAAGUAGUGGGAGAAUCUUUUUCUCCAGCAUUGCACCUACAGUUGGCAGAGAGCUGUGGAUCUCGAGAAAAUGAUGUGAAGUUACUCAAAAGAGUUGUGGAUUACUGCAUGAAUAGUGGUAUUGCAUUAACUCAGGCCCGCUAUCUCGAGAAAGAAGAAAAAUGUCUUCCUCCACCCAGUAUUCGAGUAGUGGUAACAGUGGAACAAACAGAACAAGAACUGGACAAAGCUGCAUCACUUCUUAAGGAAGCUGCACAGUCUGUAUUGAAUUAGACUGCUGUUUUGUAUUCCUCUUUCCGCAAAUUAUCAGGAUAAGUGUUUUACACUGUACAGUGACUUCACUUCAGUUCUUCCACUGAUGGCAUUGAAACCUGACUGAGCAACAAGAUUGUUCCAGAAUGGUACAAAUGCAGUGAGGGGAAGAACACUGAAUUUUGGAACUGGUGAAUGACACAGUGUACUUGCAAUUCAAACUCUACCCUAGCAUUCCUUAAAAUGGGGUAUCACUGUUGCAUACAGAACUCUUUCAUAAGUUGCAUCUUAAAGUUUUAAAUUUAUUUCUUCAAACCCUUAAACAUUUUCAAAAAUGUAUAUGGAUGUUCCAUUUUCCCCAAAAACAUGUGAAAUGUAUCUUUUUCUCUGCGUAUUCCCAGAAUGUAAGAACUUCAAAUAAAUUUAAAGGAAUUAUUCCAUCCCCCACCCCCCAUGAAGAUAGGCUGUUCCUAAUAUUGCCAAAAGGGAGAAGAUAACGUAUUAAGAGAUAAUUUUGUGCUAUAUUAUAUCAUUUAUUAUUGAAUUAUAGGAGGAACUUAAAUUCUUUUUGUUUAUAUCUUUCUCUAACUGUUUUUGGAAGCCAGUUUUCUAGGAAUGCCUGGCCAGAGAAUUCCAUUAUUUAAAUGGUAAACUCAUAUUAAAUACUAUUUGCUUCCUGCAUUUCAUAUGUAAUUAUAUGCAUGUUUGAUAUUAUGGGUGAGGUUUUUCAUAUUAUUAACUUUAAAACAUGUAAACUGAAAUUUCUGAAUUGUCAAACUAGUGUAAUUCCAUUAUAGUAUGUUCAGUCAGGGUGGCUUUGUACCAGUCUUGAAGAGGAGUCAUAAACAACGUGAAGAAUGAACCAAGGUUUUGAAACAGCAACUAAAUACUAGCUUAGUCAAACUACUUUGAAGCACUGAAAUGGUGUGUGCUAAGUUUUAUCUCUAAACCUUAGAGGGGAAGACUCACAGAUAGCUAGUAAGAGUUUAGAUGGUACAAAUACUACCAAAAUACAACUCAAUGCGUGCAUAUAAAAUCCACAUGUGAUUGGAUAGUAGUAUUUGAAGGUUAUACUGUCAGGAUUUUCAGUAAGCACAGAUGGACACAUUACACCAAUCAGAGGAAACUGGUAAGGAAGGAUGACAGUAAGCUGUACAUUUUUAUAAAAUAAAAACUAUAGCUAUGUAUUUCAGGAUUUUGCUUUAAGAGUGCCCGUUUUAAAAUUUUAUAUUCUCCCUGAUCUGUAUUCUAGGUUGUUUUGUACUUAUGUGCCUUUUUGGUUGCUGCUACAAGGACUACAGGACUAUUUUUGAGAAACAUCGUUGUUUAAAUAAAAAGUUAAUCACGUUUGAUUCAGAUUUUUAUUUACCAUAUAAUUAGAUUUUGUAGCAUUAUGAACCAUAUUUUGUGGAAUAUUCUGCAUCAGAUAAGCAUAGUUUAUGUUGCCUUGUUCAGUUCAUAUUGACUGUCUCCGCACUGGCUUUCAAAAGUUUUCACCUGCAUACGUUCAGAUAAAUCAGCUAAGGUUGUGGUGGGGCACUUCUGUGAUUGUUGCUUGACUAUUUGAAAUAGUGAAGUCAUUAUCUGUGUGAUGUAGAGAAACCUUCAUCCCAGUGUGAAAGAGUAUUCCUAUUUCACUGACCUUUAUGUUUUUCUGUAUUAAUUGUGAGUAAAAGCCUGUGAGAAGCUAACAAUUUAAAAGAGCAAAAAUGUGGCGAAGGAAGCUGAUUCCUGUUUUACAGACUGGAACUGAAAUGCAGAACAAUCAGCCUUCUGAAGACCCUCAGAGAUUGUGACAAAUGGAAAUUAAAACUUAUCACUAUACUUUGAGCUUGUGAGCCAUUUUUGGUUUGAUAAUUGAAACAGGAAUAUUCAAGUAAACUCAAGCCUUUGAUGUAUAAGCUGAGAAAAAAUGAGAUACUUGGAUUCCCGUCCAGCAUAAUAAAUGGUUUUGGAGUUCAAGGUAAACCUGUGAAGGUAAGCAAAUCACCAAUUAGCAUUGAAAUACUAGGUUGCAGAAUCUGUAUUCACUUCUUGCAUUUUGUUUUAGGUUGUCUGCAAGUGGGAGGAAUUUUUUUGUUGCAUUUUUGAGAACUAGCAACAAUCUUUAGAUCCAUGUAUU